AUGUUCACUUUUCUCGUCCUAAUCACGACUACCGCUGUACUAGUUCUGCACAGAUCAUGGGCUUCACUCCUUUUUAUCGGCAAUAUUAGCUAUGCACACGAGCUCGAGCCUUUCUUCCAUCUCGUCAAGACUCACGACGACCUCUGUAUCGGCGGCACGUCACAUUCGGGAUACAUAGGGCUUGAAGAAGACAGCGAAGACAAACCAAAGAGGUCGUUUUUCUGGUACUUCGAGGCGCAGAACAAUCAUGAGGACGCACCUGUCAUCUUGACAAUCGGUGGGGGUCCUGGGAGUAGCGGGAUGGCCAACCCUCUCUUCGGACAGUCGCAUUGCAAGGUCACCGAGAACAAAACUACUGUCGCAAACCCGAACGCUUGGUCCGAAAACUACAAUCUUGUCGCGCUCGACCAUCCUAUAGGCGUCGGCUUCUCAUACGGAACUCAAGUGAAUAAUUCUCGUGCGGCAGCAUACGACGCGUACGACUUUUUGAUCAAGUUCUUCCACCUGUUUCCGAAGCUAGCCAACAACAAGCUCGUACUUGCAGGUGGCUCCUACGGAGGAACCUACAUCCCACACAUCGCAACAGUCAUCCGCGAACAAAAUGCCGCUCUCGCCGCGGGAGGAGGGGUGCCCGGCGCAACGCACCUCAACCUUGAAGCGAUGAUGGUCAGCAACCCCAUGUCGGAUCUCCUCACGCACAAGCGCUGGGCGUUGCAACAACGGUGCUACUACACCGACUUUUACAACACGUCAACGUGUAACGCCGCCUUCGAGCGACUUCCAUUUUGCCUCGAGUCGAUCCAAAUGGCAUAUAUGAACGACACCGUUGAGAAUCGCGCCCUUGCCAUGGCGGUUUGCGAAGAUGUUUACCCGGACCGCGUACCUGGACGUAGCCUUGAGAAUGUCAACCUCCGGUGCGACGGAACUCUUGAGAACUGCACGCCCGAGACCACCUGGGCGUCCGACUUCAUGAACCUGCCAGCUACGAAGGCCACGCUGGGCGUGCCAGAGCACCUCAAUUUCUCCUUCGUGAGUCGGCAGGUACACAAGGAAUUUGUUGCUGAGGGAGACAUGGUUCAGCAAGCGUAUCUACUCUACGAAGACUUGCUCAGGGCAGGUUACCGACUUUUACACUACAUCGGCAAGCUCGAUGCGAACUGCGCCUGGCCAGGCGUCCUCUCCAUGCUCCGCCUCGUCCGCUCUCAGUACCAGUCCGCCUUCCUCGCUGCGCCGGAUCUGCCCUGGACAAGCGAAGACGCGACCGUGCGCGCCAUUGGCCCCGGCGCGGGCAACUUCACGUACGUCCUCAUGGGCAGUGCAGGGCAUUUCGUCACGGACGACCAGCCAGUGUUGGUGAAGAAGAUACUGUAUCACUGGGUGGAGAACGUGCCGUUCGAAGUUGAGCAAGACCAGAGCGGGGCGAGCUGA